CACCCUCACCACCAUCUCCUACUCCUCCUCCUGUUCCUCCUCCUCCUCUUCUUCCUCCUCUCUUCCUUCCCCCCCCUCUCUCCUCCGCCCGCUCUCCUCACCACUCGCGAUAUCCAAACACACCCGCCGCCCAAGCAAGCAACCAAGCAAACCCGCUCACCUCGUCCGCAUCGUAUCGCCCACCAUGUCCAAGUCGCGGAUGCCCCUCAUCCUCGGCCUCGGUGCCGCCGGCGGCGUCGGCUACUACCUCUAUAGCGCCGGCGGCAACGCAAAGGCCGCCGAGAACAAGUUUGAGAGUGACGUCCACAAGGCCUCCGCCAACGUAAAGGCCCAUCUCCCCGGCAGCUCCCCCAACGCCGAAGGCCAGCUCAAGGGCUACGGCGCCCAGGCCGGCGAGAAGAUUGACAAGGCUUGGGCCGAGGCCGACAAGCAGGCGUCCAAGCUCAAGAGCGAGACCGAGGCGUACGCCAAGGACGCCAAGGCGGAGGCCCUCAAGGCCGUCGACAAGUUCGACCACAAGGUCGAGGAGGGCGCCGCAAAGGCAAAGGGCGGCAUCUCGAGCUGGUUCGGCGGCGGCAGCAAGUAACUGUAAUAUGGCUGGCUGGCUGGCUCCUCCUCCCGACCGACCGACCGGCCAGCGAGCGGAGCCAACCUCAUCAUCGUCCCUUCCCGGGGGGAAAACACACUGGCAGUUGUUGCGUGUGAGUCUGUUGAUAAUUGAACGUGUACGGCAGGAGUUUGGCUAGGUCAGACGGGCAACAGUGGGCGCUCCGACGAAACAUGUCUGACGGCAUGUAAGCGACGGCCUGGGAUGUAUGUAUGUGUUGUGGUCUUAUUACGGUGUACUGCGGAUAGGUGAAUAAUGCUGCUUCUUCUUGUUCG